AUGCCGUGUAUUAACAACCCGGUUUUCUAUAACGGAGCUUUCUACUGCUUGGAUUAUAAUGGAAUGUUAGGAGUUUUUAGUAUGAAAGGUGGUUUCUGUUGGACAGUACUUUCGAAGUCUUUGAAACAAUUCAGUGGCUUUUAUCCAAGUUAUUUGGUGGAAUGUGAUGAAAAGCUUUUAUUAUUGAGUUUAGGACAGAGUGGAAAAUCUGUAGAUAUUUAUAGAUUGGAUGAUUCAGAGAUGGUCUGGGUAAAACUGGAGAGUUUAGGAAAGCAUGCGUUGUUCAUAAGCUAUACAUCUAGUGUUUCAGUUGUCGCUCCACGUAGUUGCAUGGAGAACAAUAUCUACUUCCCUAAAUUACAAGGUGAAAAAAUUGUAUACUAUUCUCUUGAUACAUGUGGGUAUCAUUAUGUUGGAAGUAAUCAACAUUCUGCUCAAGAUUUGCACAACACGAAGGAAAGAUCAAACUGCAGUUGGAUUGAGCCUAGAUGGUCUUAG